AACUCUGGGGGAGUCCAUGGGAGUGGCUGUUCCCUAUUGGUACCCACCCCCUUGUUAGAAUGGUCACCUUAUUAAAGCAGCGUCCACACUCAUCUGGAGCAGGAGUUGCUGAGCUGAGUGGAGAGGAAGCCUGGACUCUCACUAGUCAGUGAAACCACAGUUGCUGCCAUGGCCGGGAAGCCCGUACUUCACUACUUCAAUGGCCGGGGCCGAAUGGAAUGCAUCAGGUGGCUGCUGGCUGCAGCAGGGGUGGAGUUUGAAGAGAAGUUUAUAGAACGUCCAGAAGACUUGGAAAAGUUAAGAAAAGAUGGGAAACUGAUGUUUGAGCAAGUGCCCAUGGUGGAGAUUGACGGAAUGAUACUGGUGCAGACCAGAGCCAUUCUCAACUACAUUGCCACCAAAUACGACCUCUAUGGCAAGGACGUGAAGGAGAGAGCCCUAAUUGACAUGUAUACAGAGGGUAUUGUAGAUGUGACUGAAAUGAUCCUGCAACUGAUACUAUGUCCCCCGGACCAGAAAGAAGCCAAGAUUUCCAUGAUAAAAGACAAGACCAAAAACCGGUACUUGCCUGCCUUUGAAAAAGUAUUGAAGAGCCAUGGACAAGACUACCUUGUUGGCAACAGGCUGACCAGGGUAGACAUUCACCUGCUGGAACUUCUCCUCUAUAUUGAAGAGCUUGACUCCAGCCUUCUGGCCCCUUUCCCCCUGCUGAAGGCCCUGAAGAGCAGACUCAGCAGCCUGCCCAAUGUGAAGAAGUUCCUACAGCCUGGCAGCCAGAGAAAGCCUCCCGUUGAUGCAAAACAAAUCGAAGAGGCUAGGAAGAUGUUCAAGUUCUAGGAAAGCUGCAUUGAGAGAGCCCACAGACACUAGUAUCUGGGGUUUUUAAAUAAUGAACAGCAAUUGUUUAUACUGGUAGUAGAGAAAAUGAACAUGAAUAAAGGAUAUAUAUAUAUAUAUAUAUAUAUAUAUAUAUAUAUAUAUAUAUGUCAGUCAUGUGUUCCUUGGAUUGCAGGAGCACAUUCCAAGAAGGCAAACAAUAAUCAUGACAAAUAAGAGCAAAGCUUGUAAAAAUAAGGAAAAGCUAAGUAAAAAGAACACUAACAAGAGAAAAGAAGUGACUAACAUCUUUGUACAAUGAGCCACAAAAUUUAAAGGUAACAUUAAUUACAAGACAAAAAAAUAAAAAUGAAAAAAUAGAAUAAAAAAUAGAGGAGAAAAUUUAAGGUCUAAAAAAAGAGUGCAAUUACAGGAGAAGGAAUUGGAUAACUAGUGUAAAGAUAUUUUAAAGAAAGAAAAAAUACCAGAGAAAACAAAAUUAAAUAUUUAAAAUAGUGAGGGCGAAUCUGGAGAGCAGGCUCACAAGUGACAAGCACUGGUUUUUCUUGGAGAGGCCCAGGUUAGGUGCCCAGCAUCUCCAUGACAUCUCACAACCAUCUGUAACUUCAGCUCCAUAGAACCUGAUGUCAUCUUCAGACCUCUGUGGUCACUGUUCACCGGUGAGAUACAUACAUAUAUGUAGUCAAAACACCUUGACAUGUAAAAUAAAAAUUAAAAAAUACUUUAAUAGUAAAAA